GUCCAGUAGAGAAAGAAGCAGAUCCCUGCCAAAGAUGAUUCUGUUUCUCUAUGUGCGUGUGCGUGUGCGUGUGUGUGAGUGUGUUGUCUCUCUAGCUUUGUGAGGACUACUAUGGUGAGGAUAUUUGUCCAAUGCAAAGGUCAAGGUCUGGUUUUAAGGUUCAGGUCAAAACUAGGUCUAGGUGAGGAGGGGUGGCUCAGGAUGAUGGGCUUCACAAUUAGGGUCCUCACAAGUGAAGAAAGACAAAAGUGUGUGUGUGUUUGUGUACAGUAGAAGACAGCAGAUCUGAUAAACUCAGCUUGUCUUACACUGUCUCUAUUCUGAAGGGGCAUCACUGCUCUGCUCGUCCAAUCAGAGAGCUGCAUUGCAGACGGCUGCUGUCAGAGGUCUGAUGGAGGUUUGAUUUGAUUUUCAGAGAAUGUGAAAGAAACAAAAGCUGCAGAUCUACAGAAACAUAAUAAACAUCAAGGAUAAUGAUUCACACACACAAAUCUUAUAAUGUGUGUCGUCUAUGUCACUUCAAAAUAAAGGUAAAAAUACUCCGCUCCCAGUAAAAGUCCUACAUUUAGUUUUAUGUUAUUUCAGUAAAAGAAUAAUCUCAGAAAAAAUUCAAGUGUCAAAAGUAAAAUUGUGAUCUGUAUCUACCCUGUAAGAAUCAGAGUGGACACUAUGGAUCUUAACAUUUAGAGUGCGAGUUAAACAAUGACAGUCAGGGGGGUGAACAUCGGGGCAUCGUGUAGCGUAGUGGUCUAAGCAGGCGCCCAUGUGUAGAGGCCACAGUCCUCGCUGCAGUUGGCCCCGGUUUGAGUCCCGCAUCAGACGGCCUUUGCUGCAUGUCGUUCCCCCUCUCUCUGCCUCCCUGUUUCCUGUCUCUCUACUGUACUAUCAAAUAAAGGCAUAAAAAAGCCCCAAAAAAUAUACUUAAAAAAAAAAAAAGAAACUAGCUAACAUUCAUUAGCUAAACUGUAACUUAAGGUAAAGUUAGAAGCCAGCUAAUAUUAGUUUGGUAGACUGUAACUUAAAGCUAAAGUCAGAAACUAGUUAAUAUUAGCAUUCCUCCUUAGACACAAUCUAAUUGCAUGCUAGAGAGUUAGCUACUGCUACUUACAUUUACGUGCAGUGUCUCAAUUUGCUUGUAUGACACUCAGGAGCAGAGAAUUGAGGGCAUGAGCCAUCAAUGGGAGCGAAGCAGGCAGAGAAGAUAUGCAGCUAAUCACAAGGUUAAGGAAUGGUAUGGUCCACUUUAAGGAUGUCUGAAAAGAUUCUUCCAUUCAUGAAUAUUGGAAAUAUAUUGUUAUAUUUACAAUUACAGGUAAGAAGGAUAUAUUAUUUAAACCCCUGUUGGAGGGGUCCAAAUCUUAAUCUAGCCCCCCCCCACUAUCCACCUAUAUUUUGAACCCCGUUUUCAAUUAUUCUACUCUCCGUCAGACACAUCUGUUGUUUUUCUUCAUUUGUCACUUUUGUCCUUAACAGGAUCCUGUAGGUGUGAUGACUCUAUGGUUCUAGGUACAUUUACUUAAGUACUAAGUAAUUACUAAGUAAUCAGCAGGUGGCAGAAUAAUCAACAAACUGAAAACAUAAUAUUUAUGUGAAGAAAAUACACCUUUAUGAAGGUUGUUGCGUUCAAACUGCUGUUGUUUGUUAUGUUGUUGGAUCAUUGUGUGUUUCUUUAUUACUAACAGCUACACAGCCCAACAACAGGAUUUCAGAAAGAAUGCUGACCAUGUUGAAAGAGGGGUUGACUUCAUUUCUGUGUUGGAGUGUUUGUCUUGAUGAUAGAGGAGACGCCGGGGCAGGGGCGGGGCUUACAGUAGGAGCGGUGCUUACAGCGUCUUAAACUGGAAAAUUAAUACACACACACACACAGACACACAUACACACACACACAGACGGCUGUUCUGUCCAGAGCUAGAGUCUCACCUGAGCCCGUCGAUGUCUGCACGCACAGGGGAGGAAGGAGAACAAGGUGAGGGACAAUGAGGACGAGAAGGGAGCUGAGGGAGGACAGCACCACACUCAUUGACAUGGAAACCAAGCCAGAGAACAACUAUGGCAGCAUUAACAUGAAUGCACCUGUUCAGCUUCAGGACAGGAACGUGUUCAGAGAUGGAUCGACUCGAAUUGAUUUUGUGCUGGUGUGGGAGGAGCCUCGUAACUCACAGGAGAGUGCAGGUGUUGACCCCACCCACCUGAAAUGGAGGGAGGAUUUUCUGAACAGACUGAGACAUGCUGGACUGCUGCAGGAACAGAGGGAAGUCCUGCAGACAAAGAUGAGGAUUUGUUUUGCCCUCCUCAGUGCUCCAUGGAGCGUCCUCUGUUACUACGCUGAGGAGAUCAGUCUGAGAGUCCCUCUACAGGUGGUCACUGCUCCAGUUAUUAUCUGGUCUGAAAAGAUCCUGUCCAAGCUGUCCCUCCCCAACCCCAUGUCCCAGGAUGUGCCCAACACCCCACCUGACUACUACACCUGUCAGUUCAAGACCAACAAGCUGCAGAGGUUUCUGGGCAGCGACAACCAUAAGACGUUUUUCAAGACGACUCAGAGACACCAGGUGCUGUAUGAGAUUCUGGCCAGGACUCCGUAUGGUUCCUUGAAGAAGGGGGAGGUGGGAAUCGACCGGCUGCUGAGUGAGCAGGUUUUCACUGCUGCCUACCCUCUGCAUGAGGGUGGGUUUCAGCUGCAGACCCCCCCAGUGCCACCCGAGUGUUUGAGGCUGAGACAGAUACUGUAUGGUUACUGGGCCCAGUGGUCUUGCUGGAGACGUUACCAACCUCUGGACCACAUCAGGGAGUACUUUGGAGAGAAGAUAGCACUUUAUUUUGCCUGGCUCGGUUUCUACAAUGGUUGGCUGUUACCGGCGUCUAUUAUGGGGACUCUGAUCUUCCUGUUUGGAUUUUGGCUCAUGUCCAGUGAUGUUCCAGCGAAGGAGGUGUGUGACAGUGGAAACACCUUCAUCAUGUGUCCCAUCUGUAACAUCUGCUCCUACUGGAACUACUCCAGCAUCUGUGUCAGCUACAAGGCAGGUGUCCUGUUUGAUAAUGGAGGGACAGUGUUUCUCAGUGUCUUCAUAUCCCUGUGGGCCGUCACCUUCCUGGAGUACUGGAAGAGAACCUGUUCAGCUCUGUCUCACCGGUGGGACUGCUCUGACUUCCAGGAGAUCGAGGAGCGACCUCGCCCAGAGUUCACAGCCAUGGCACCGAUGACCGUGAGGAACCCAGUGACCGGAGCAGAGGAACCUUACUUUCCUGAAGAGAAACGGUUCAACAGAACUUUGACUGGCUGCAUGGUCAUCAUCAUCAUGUUGACCGUGGUGUUGAUGUUCCUCAUUGCCAUCAUUCUGUAUCGUACCAUCCUCACCAUCAUCAUCUACAACUCCCACGACAACUUCCUCAGCUUCUCUGCUCAGAGGAUAGCCAGUAUUUCAGGAUCAGUGUUGAACCUGUUGGUGAUCCUCAUGUUGUCCCGGGUUUACACCGCACUGGCCCACAUCCUCACCCGCUGGGAGAUGCAUCGCACUCAGAGUAAAUACGAAGACAUGUUCAUCCUCAAAGUUUUCAUCUUCCAGUUUGUCAACUUCUACUCGUCUCCAGUUUACAUUGCUUUCUUCAAAGGCAGGUUUGUUGGUUACCCUGGAAACUUCAACACUCUGUUUGGAGUUCGCAACGAAGACUGUGGAGCAGGUGGGUGUCUUAUUGAACUGGCUCAGGAGCUGCUGGUCAUCAUGGUGGGAAAACAGCUGAUCAAUAACAUCCAGGAGUUCAUCUUCCCGAAGGUAAGGACAUGGUGGCAGAAGAGGAGGAUGAGUCCACGGCUGAGAGAGGUCAAGAAGGAGGAAGGAGAGGAGGUUCAGUGGGAGGAGCAGCAGCAGCAGGAGGAAGAGGAAGUCUCUCCCUGGGUGGCAGACUACCAGCUGCUGGUCUGUGAGGGACUCUUCAGUGAGUACCUCGAGAUGGUGAUUCAGUUUGGUUUCAUCACCAUCUUCGUGGCGGCAUGUCCUCUCGCUCCUCUCUUCGCUCUGAUUAAUAACUGGGUGGAGGUGCGACUGGACGCUCAGAAGUUUGUGACUGAGUAUCGCCGUCCAGUGGUGGAGCGAGCUCAAGACAUCGGCAUCUGGCUCCCCAUUCUGCAGUUCAUCACACACACAGCCGUCCUAAGCAACGCUUUCCUCAUCGCCUUCACCUCAUCCUUCCUGCCCCGUCUCUACUAUCGCUACACCAGAGACAGCUCGCUGAGCGGCUUCAUCAACUUCACUCUGGCAACAUCACCACACAACUACAGCCAGCAUCACACCUCCUGCAGGUAUCGAGGUUUCAGGGAUGAAAAUGGUGAAAACACACCUGAGUACUAUCACCUGCUCGCCGUACGUCUUAGUUUUGUCAUCAUCUUUGAGCAUGUAGUCUUCUUCAUCGGCCGUCUGAUUGACAUGAUGGUCCCUGACAUCCCUGAGGAGGUGGAGAUGAAGAUGAGGAGGGAGCACUAUAUGGCUAAAGAGGCACUGGCUGAGAACCAGGCUUUGGGGAAAACCGUGUUUCCCUCUGGUAAGGACACAGUUUCCAGUGACCUGCGACAGCGUGGAUCUAAACCUUCACCGCCACCGCAGAGGGACUCCCCCCCACCAAACCUGGAGGAGAUCCCAGAGGAAACGGACACGAAAGGCAGCUGCUGAGAUGAAGCACAAGUGGACUCUGUCCUGGAUGUCGUCCCACUACCUCAACAUCCACAUCUAAAUGACUGAUCAACCUCCCUGACAGAUCCACAAAACCCCUGUGAGACCUCUGCACGCUCUACAAGAACUGUGUGUAAUCUUUAAAGAUCUCUACAAGACCUACUGUAGAAGUCCUAAAGAGUUCCUUGCUACAAGACCAACAGGUGAACAGGACUGCAGCCUUUUGUACCUUUGAAAGGUGUCUCUGUUAUUCUGUGGUAGUAUGAAAAUAUUGGUGGACAAAAUAUUAGAAACACUUUCGGAUGUUUGCAAUGCUUUGGCGUUGAUUCUUGUUAGGUCCAUUAAUUUAACAAACUCCUGUGUCCUAUUGCUGAGAAAACAGACCAGGAUUUUGUCAUCUGGACUGUGUUAAAAGGCAUCCACAUGAAGAGAUUCCACAAAGAUCCCUCACUAGUUUUAUAUAUUUUUGAUACAUUUACGAUUGUAAAUAUCAUAACAGCAGUUUAAAUACAUAUCUUGUUGAUAAAUUAAUGAAUGUGUCUGGAAAAGGUUGAAUAUAUGACGAAUACAUUUCUUAUAGGAGUCAGGUGUUUGUGUUUGUUAAUGUAUCCUCAUCAGAUCAGCUGUUCAUUUUGGAGAAGCAGAGAAUCCUUCACACACUCCACACACACAUCACAUGGGGAUUUAUCUGUGAUUCUGCUCCACUUCAGAUCUAUACAGACAUGAUGCUUGAAAUUGAAGCCAAACAGUUCAAUCUUGGUUUCGUCAGACCAGAGAAUUAUGUAGGUUUCACUGAGCAGAGUCUUCUAUUUGGACACACAGAUUGGUGGAGUUCUGCAGUGAUGGUUGUCCUUCUGGAAGUUUCUCUGGAGCUCUGAGAGACCAUCAGUUUCUUGGUCUCCUCUUUCUGGUGUCUGUUAGUCCAGGUCCAGCUCUAGAAGAGUCCUGGUUGUUCCAGACUUCUUCAUGUCAGAAUGAUGGAGACCACUGUUCUUCUCAGGAACCUUCAAUGCAGCAGAAAUAUUUUUGACCCUCGACACAAUCCUGUCUCUGAGCUCUGCAGUAGUUCCUUCCUCCUUGUGUUAUUUGCCAUCCGAUCUUAUAUAGACAGGUGUGUUUUUUCCAAAUCAUGUCCAAAUCAUCAGCUGACUUUACCACAGGUAGACUCCAAUCGAGGUGUAGAAACAUCUCAGAGAUGAUCCAGAGAAAUAGAGGAGCCUGAGCUAAAUUUACAGUGUCACAGCAAGUGUCUGAAUACUUAUGUCAAAGUGAGUUUGCAUUGGUUUCUAAAAUUCUGGUUUUGAUUUGUUAUUACGGGGUAUGGAGUGAAGAUUUAAAAUGAACUUAAACAAUUUGUUCAUAAGGGUGAAACAACAAAAUGUGAAAAAGGGGUUUCUGAUGCACUGUAGAUGCUGAACUUUCUGCAUUCACACUUGUCUUUUCUGUUUUCAUAAAGGAAUUCACACAUUGCAACAGAACUAAUGAAUCUUAUAUCAAUAAAUAGAUUUCAAAACGUUUUAUUUCUGUAACAAUGCGUGUAUUUAAUUAAUACGGGCUAACAAGUUAAUUGUUAGCGUUUUAAAUUUGUUUAAAGGUGCAAUGUGUAAGAUCUGGCCAGAAUUAUAGUUUAAAAUGUUCAAAAAAAUUAACUAGCACUAUCAAUAGUAGGCUAUUUGAAGGAGCCACAGUGAUGAUGUCAUGACCAAGACUUCCAUCUAUUGUAUUUCAGAGAUAUCUACUGAAACGAGCAUGCUAACCAACUAGCCCCGACCCUGGCCGUGUUGUAAUACUGUAGACACACUAGAUGCUGUAUGAGUCAGUGUAGUGUCUAGUCUGCUCACAGUCCCACGGAGAAGAAGAGCUUCCUCCUGAGCUUGAAGUUACACUACAGCUCCAAAAAAAGAAAAAAAAAAGCUGCAGACGAGCAUCAUAGAAACGCAGAUAUGGCUGGAGCGCCGAGAAAGCGAUCUUUAUCUCCAUCCCGAAGAACCGUCAAGAAACCACGUUCAACAGCAAAGAAGCACAACACGGGUAAAUCCUGAUGUGGCUUCCAACAGCUCCA